UUCCAAACCUUAGAGAGAGAGAAAGAGAGAGAUUUAGCGAGAAUGGAAAUCCUAAGAUCUCAAAAGAAAAUCUCUGCACAAGCUGCCAUCCCAACGCUUCCGGUGUAUCGAUCUGCACCUUCACUUGAAGUAAGAUUAGAAGAUUUUGAGUUGUUCGCUAUUGAUCGUUUACGAGUUCUCACUGGGAUUUCUAAUGGAUUAUCCCGUGGAAAGAAACCUGACGAAAUGGAGAAAUUGGGGAAUGAUUUAUGGAAAGCGAAUAUGAGGCAUCAUGACUCGUCUAGAAUGUUAGAUAAAGAUAUUAUCUCGCAUUUUGUUCUUCGCUUAGUCUAUUGCAGAAAUGAGGAAUUGAGAAAAUGGUUUCUUACUCAUGAGACAAAGCUCUUUGAAUACCGGUUUCGUGUGGAAAGCGUUGAAUCUCAGAAGGCUUUAAUGGCUGAAAUUGGCUUCCCAUACAAAGCAGUCGGCAUGGGAGAAUUAGAGGAUAUGAGAGAAAACUUGAACCAAGUUGCUCGUUCGAUUGGUCGACCGAUGCUUACUUCCGAUGCAUUGUUUUUCAAGGUACCAUUUGAAGAAGUACCAGAACUUAUUGGAGGCCGCAAAGUAUAUAUUCAUAAAGGUUUUGCAUAUGUUGCAAUGAACCAGGCAGUUAAUGUCGUCACCGGUAUGUUUCGCAGCAAUUUAUCGAAGGCUCUUGUGCUGACAAACAGAAAAUGGACAACAACCUUAAAGGAGCAAGAAAAAGAUCGUCUAACUCCUAUUGUCGAAGCACUGAGCACAAGCUAUUUAGGUCCUGAUUAUUCACAGCCAAAGGAAUAUGCAGAGAUUUCAAUAAAGGACAUUGAUAAAGUGGCCAGUAGUUCUUUCCCACUUUGUAUGCGCCACUUGUUUGAAAAGCUGAGAGAGGAUCAUCAUUUAAAACAUGGAGGAAGAAUGCAACUGGGUCUUUUUCUGAAGGGGGUUGGCUUGAACUUGGACGAUGCUCUUACAUUCUGGAAAGCAGAAUUCUCUCAAAAGGUUGGAUCUGAGAGGUUUGACAAGGAGUAUGCUUACAGUAUACGACACAACUAUGGAAAAGAGGGAAAGAGAAUCGACUACACACCCUAUUCUUGUCAAAAGAUCAUUUCAUCAACUCCUGGUGCAGGAGAUCAGCAUGGUUGCCCCUAUCGAAAUUUCAGCAAAGAAAAUUUGGAAGCUGCCCUGAGUAAAAUGGGAGUAAGUAGUCGUUUGAUGGGGGAUGUGAUGGACAAAGUAAAAAAUAGGCAUUAUCAGUUGGCAUGCACCUUGACUUUCGAAGCUGUACAUGCUUCAUCUUGUGACGCUGGGAUCAACCAUCCAAAUCAGUAUUUCAUUGACAGCCAAAAGAUACUGCAGGCGAAGGUCACCAACAGCAUUACUGUGAAGAAUGAAACGACUUGACAUUAUUUGGCACUGAGCAGCAUUCAGAUUUUUCCUAUAUAAGCCCCCACGAAAGCAAAUACAUUUGGGUGUUUUCAUCUCAACAGCAGGUAAAGAGACGAAAUUCUGAGUAAGCACCACGUAGUGGCACUUGGACAUUCCCCACCUAUGUCUCCAAUCAAAGUGGUACGGUUAUUUUGUUAUUUUCCAUUUAUAUUAUGCUCAAAAAGGGAUGAAUUUCUGCACAUAUGCACCUUUUUUAGAGUAUAUAGCCUUUAGUGUAAUUCCAAGUCUUGUUCUGACAAACAAAAACAAAAAGAACAGGGAAAAAUAUGGGAAAGUAGCAGACCUUAACCAUGAAUUCUGCUUCUUAGGUCAUCCUUGGUAAGAAAGUUUGUUAAUGUAUAGAAGGAAUAUUAGGUGGUUUAAUCAGGUCAUAUGUUGAGCUGAAAGUACUUUAUAUGUAAAACUCAUGUAUUGCAUUUACAUCCCCUUGUUCAUUGGGGUUUCGCCACUUCUAUUAUUUGACUUAAAACCA